CCGAUCUACAGAAUAUAGAGAGAAGUGUCAAACGGUGGAGAAACGUAUCAACCUACUCAAACUCAAAUCGAUCCAGUUGAAAGCAUAAAUUAGAAUUCGAAAAUUGAAUAUAAGCUUGCAAAGUUAAAUUGAUUGGAAAGAAAAAGCUUAGAAAGGGAGUCUGCUAGAGUUUGGAGUUGCCUCGAAUUUGAGGUUGUACUUACUGGAGACUUGCAUCUCACUAUAUAUUUCAGUUCGUUAAGCUGCUCAAAAAUCACAUACAUUCUAUCUCAACAAAUCAACAAGUCGAUGGAAUCUUCAUUAUCUUCCCGUUCCGCUGUGGACUUUUCUUCUCACGUGUGGAAGUACCAUGUUUUUCUUAGUUUUAGAGGAGAAGAUACUCGUAAGACUUUUGUGGAUCAUUUGUACACAGCUCUUGUACAACACGGGAUCUACACUUACAAGGACGAUGAUACACUUCCUCAGGGAGAAUCAAUUGGCCCAUCUCUAAAGACGGCUAUUGAAGAAUCACAGAUCUCUGUCAUCGUAUUUUCUAAAAACUAUGCAGAUUCUUCAUGGUGCUUAGAUGAACUUUCACAUAUCAUGAAAUGCAAGGAUACAAGAGGACAAAUUGUGAUGCCCAUAUUUUAUGACGUUGAUCCUUCCGAAGUUCGAAAACAAAAACACAAAUACGGAGAAGCAUUUGUGAAACAUGAGUUGGAGAACAACACGAAGGUUGAAUCUUGGAGAAAAGCACUUGUGGAUGCAAGUAACAUUUCUGGAUGGGAAACCGAGCACAUUGCCAAUGGGCACGAGUCAAAAUGCAUCAAAACAAUUGUUGACACAAUUUCACAUAGGUUGCAUCCAAUAACUUCAAGUGUGGAUAACAACUUGAUUGGAGUAGAGGCUCGCAUGCAACAUUUGAUAUCAAAGUUACAAAUCGGGUUUGGUGGUAAGAGCAUGAUUGGAAUAUGGGGGGUCGGGGGCGGUGGCAAGACUACUCUCGCCUCUUCUGUUUAUGAUGAGAUAUCUAGCAAGUUUGAUGGUUGUUGCUUUAUAAAAAAUGUUCGGGAGGAAUCAUUUAAUAAAGAAGGUCUGGAACGAUUGCAAGAAAAAAUUCUUUGUGGUGUUUUGAAACAAAAGCAAAUGGAGGUAGGGAGACUUGAAGAAGGAAGGCGCAUGAUAAAGGAUAGGUUACACCAUAGAAAGGUGUUGAUUGUUCUUGAUGAUGUCGACAACCUUGAGCACCUAGAACAGUUAGUUGGAUCACAUGAUUGGUUCGGUGAAGGAAGCCGUAUAAUAAUCACAACUAGAGAUGAGCAUGUAUUAACUGCACACAAAGUAGAUGUGAUAUACAAUAUAAGCUUGUUAAACAAUGAUGAAGCUAUGAAGCUCUUUUGCAAGCAUGCAUCCCGGGGUUACAAACGUAUUGAAGAUUAUGAACAGCUUUCAAAAGAUGUGGUUUCGUAUGCUGGUGGGCUCCCAUUAGCACUUAGAGUUCUCGGUCGUUUUCUAUGUGACAAAGAGAUGAAUGAGUGGAGGAGUGCCUUGGCUAGAUUGAAAGAAAUUCCUGAUGCUAAUAUUUUGGAAGUUCUAAAAAUCAGCUUUGAUAGACUUACACCCCUGGAGAAAGAGUUGUUCCUAGACAUUGCAUGUUUCUUGAGGGGAUCCUGCCGGUAUACAUAUGAAGAGAGAAUGAUGAUACUUGAUGCUUGUGGUUAUUACCCUGUUAUUGGCAUAAAGGUGUUGGUACAAAAGUCUCUCAUAACUAUUUCUGAAGUUGGUGAGUUUGAUAUGCAUGAUUUGGUACAAGAAAUGGCACACUACAUUGUUAGACGGGAACACCCCAAGAAUCCUGAAAAACAUAGUAGAGUUUGGAAAGUGGAAGAUGUUUUAAAAAUAUGUUCUAUGGAUGCAAUGAUGAACCUUGACAAGAUUGAAGCUAUAGGUGUUUCGUGUUUUUGGAGUGUUGAAUCACAACGUGUUCUUCAAAUCGCUGCAAACAUGAAGAAACUUCGUUGGAUUGAUUUGAAUCAGAAAUAUGUUUCGAAGAAACUAUUGGUUGUGACUCCACUAUCAUUAGUUAUAAUGCCAGAAAGUUUUCCACCAAGGGACCUUUGCUGUCUAACAUUGAAAAACAUCAAUGCAAAUCAACUUUGGGAUGGUUACAAGUUUCUACCACACUUGAGAAUGAUCAAACUUGAUAGCCUGGAUAAACUAAUGGAGACACCAGAUUUUGAGGGGCUUCCAAACCUUGAAACAUUCAUGGUUUAUGGAUCUUCACUUUUAAAACAAAUCCAUCCAUCAUUUGGACAUUUGCAAAAGCUUGUUUGUGUGGACAUAAGGAAUUGUGGCAAUCUUAAGAUGGUUCCACCCAUUACCCAGUCAACGAAACUCGAGACCAUUGUACUCUCAUGGUGCACAUUAAUUUUUAAUCUUUCAAACAUCCAACAAAUUAAUUUGGAGAAUAUUGUACCUCGCAACAUGAACCACAUAGGUCUAUGGUUUUUUAGUGGAUGCUUAAGAAAGCUGGUUCUCAGCAACUGCAGUCUGACAGAUGGAGACAUCAAUUCGGCUGCUGGUUGGGAAUUACCCAAUUUGCUAGAACUCGAUCUAGAAGGAAAUGGAUUUGUCCGGUUGGAUUUUAGUCUCUUGCUACUUCCUCAGCUCAAACGGCUGAACGUGUCAUGGUGCAAACAACUUGUAGAAUUGUCAGAGUUGCCAUCAAGUAUAGCUGUUGUUAUAGCGGGUUGGUGUUCGUCACUUAAAAGCUUUGGAAAUAUUUCAAACUGUAAAUGGUUGUGGCAAGUCUCAGUUUGGGGGUAUACCAAACUUGGUGCGCUUUGUGGUGACAUAUUACUAAACUCCAUGCUCCAGGGAAACGCCAGAGAUUACUUUAUCAGUAUCAACCUUUCGGGCGAUGACAUUUGGAGGAGGGCGUCUGUACUUUGGGUUGUUUGGAUGAAGACUUAUAAUAUGCUGCUUCCACAUGAUUGGUGCAAUCGCUUUUCUGGGAUUUUGAUGUUUGUCAAACCCGAGGUGACAUUUGAAGGGUUCCCUGACAUAACCAUCAAGAUGGGUGUACAAGACGUUUGUCAGUCUGAGCUUGAUGAUCAGGAGUAUAAUGAAACACUCGAGACUCAUUAUGAUCAGAUAUUUGUAGGAUAUGUUUCCUUUAGUUCAUUGAGACACACUGGAUGCUUGAAUUCAACAUACAAUACCUUUUCAUUUUCCUUGGACAAUGAGUAUUUGUAUGGAGGUGAGCUUAGGUUUAGGGCUGUACUUGUUCCUAAAGAUGAUCCGAUGCAAACACCAAUAGUCCCAACAGAUUCCUCAGAAGUUUGGGAUGGGGAAUUUGAUUACAGAAAGACAUUUACCAUACAACAUGAUUCAAACUCCUCUGUCAAGAUUUUAUGGAAAUGUCGGCUUUGAGACAUAUUUCCAGAGGUCGUUUGACUGCCCCCCAGUUUUCCCCUCCACAUAAUCUUUUGUGUCACCAUCAAAUGAUCCGUGGUACCAAUUUUACUUUCAUGGCUGUUGUUUUUGUUAAAAAGGAUUACAUCUGAACUGAUUAGAUCGGAAGUUGUAUGGUAAAAUAUGUCUUUAUUA